AUGCCUUCUGAAGUAGUACAGAAAGAAGCUGAGAUUGGUGUUGAAGAGAAAGAUAUUGUUGGAAAAUUAGAUACAAAAAUAGAGACAGAAGAAAAUGGCUCUCAAGAAUCCAAAACAGAAGAAAAUGGUUCUCAAGAAUCUAAAACAGAAGAAAUUCAAACGGUUGAUAAAUUAGAAGAAUCUAAAAUCGCUGAAGACGAAUUAUCUGAAAGUGAAAACAAAGAAAACGAGGAACCUACUGUUGAAGAUACCGAGUUGCAAAAAAAACGUGCCGAUCAACUUUUAACUGAUGGUAAACGCCAUUUAAUAAUUAAAGAUUUUCAAGUAGCCGUUGAUGUUUUAGGCGAAGCAUGCAGUUUAUUUGGAACCAUUUAUAGUGAAUUGGAUGAAAAGUGUGCAGAGGCUUAUUUCAAUUAUGGCUGUGCCCUUCUUGAGCUUAGUAAGAAUCAGACAAGUCCUGUCGGACUAGAAGAAAAAGAUGAGGAAGAAAAUGACGGAGAGACUUCAUCUGAAGAAAUGGAUUCAAUUAAUGAGGCAAAUAACGCUUCUAUAUCUAAUGAAACCAAUGAAAUAGAAGAAAAAGAAACAGACAAUGUUGAUGACAAAUCAACUGAAACAAAUAAAGAAUCAAUUGUAAUAAAAGAAGAAACAACUGAUAUAAAAGAAGAAACAACUGAUAUAAAAGAGGAAACAUCGGUUAAUGAUGAAGAAACUGAAGUUGAAGGACAAUCUAAUGAAAAUGAAGAGAUGUCUGUUGAUGAAGGAGAGAAACUGGAUAAUAUUAAAGUUGAAGGACAAUCCACUGAAAAAGAAGAGAUGUCUGUUGACGAAGGAGAAAAACCGGAUGAAGAAGAUGUUGGGGAAGAUGAUGUAAAUGAUUUACAGAUAGCUUGGGAAAUGCUUGACUUGGCAAAAGUGAUUUAUAAAAACAAAGAUACUGAAGAAUCAAAACUCAAACUAGCUGAAGUAUUAAUGAAAUGUGGAGAAGUAAGCAUUGAAGAUGAAAAAUUUGAAACUGCUAUUCAAGAUAUGACAGAAGCCUUGGAAAUACGAAGGUUAUUAUUACCAGAGGAUGAUCGUAUCAUUGCCGAGACUUUAUUUCAAUUGGGCAUAGCACAAGAGUUGGGUGGAAGCGGUGAGCAAGCCAUUGCAUUACUAUGUGAAGCUUCAACCGUUUUGAAUCAAAAAGUUAAAUCCUUGCAAACUUUGAAUACCAGUGACACAGUACAGGCAGAAAUUGCCGAAAUUAAGUCCAUUAUUCCUGAAAUACAGGAAAAAAUUGUUGAUAUCAAAGAACGUAAAAAGGCUGCCGUGAGUGCAUUGUUAGCUGCUGUAGGUGCUUGUAACGUAGCCGCAACAAAUGGUGAAGCAUCAUCAACAACCAAACAGGCAUCCAACAUUGGUCAUUUGGUACGUAAAAGACCUAAACAGGAGGAAACCGCAGAUGCAGCUCCAAACAAGGUUCCUAAACUUGAUGAAUUCCCAAAUGCUAAACAAUAA